AUGUCACGGCCCUUGACAGUCGCAGAGCUGCGAGACGCACUCGCUGCACUCUCACUUGACUCGCGAGGGACCAAGAACACGCUCAAGAAGCGCCUCGCUCGAGCUACUCGCUCACUCUCCCGCUCGUCCUCGCCAGCUCGACCACCCGCCCGCGAACGACAGACAAGACCGCCUGACCAGCUCUUCGACAGCUUCCUUGUGUUUGAUGUCGAGGCGACGUGCGAGGAGAUUGAAGGGCCGUGGGGGAAGCUGGCUUUUGCCUACCCGAACGAGAUCAUCGAGUGGCCAGUGAUCCUGCUUCAAUGGAGGAAGAAGCGGCGACGGGACGCAGGGCUUUCCGAAGCGGGUGAGGAGGAAGACGGCGACGACGAGGACGACUGGGAGCUUGUGCAGACGGCCGAGUUCCACUCCUACGUCAAGCCGACUUGGCGCCGGACCCUGUCGGCCUUCUGCACCGAGUUGACGGGCAUCACGCAGCGGGAUGUCGACUCGGCUCCGACAUUCUCGCAACUGUGUCGCAACUUUCACCGCGACUUCAUCAUCAAGCACAACCUCUUCACAAGUGAGAACAAGACAGUUUGGGUGACUGACGGGCCUUGGGACCUGCGAGACUUUGUCGCCAAGACCUGCUACCUAUCCAAUACACCUCGACCACCCUGGCUCGCCGGCGAGAUUAUCGACCUCCGCCUGCUCGUCUCUUCCUUCUUUGCCGGUCUCAAGGAGACGAACGGACCAAGCCAGCUCGACGGCAGCUUGUCGAAUGCCUUCGGAGCACUCUCGGUGAACGAGGAGGAUCCGCAGACGGCAGCUGCGAACCCAGCGGCUUCUCUCGCCCAACCUCUUCCGACACCCAUUGCGGGCCCGCUCUCAGCUUCUUCCGCUGUUCCCAUCCCCUCGACUACGACCUCACCCGACCCGCCCGUUCCAGCCUACCUCCCCUCACAUCAGCUCACCGCGCCCUCGUCCCUCUCCCUCCCUUCAGUCCUCGACUCCCUCACCCUCCCACCCUUCUCAGGCCGCCUCCACUCCGGCCUCUCCGACGCCCGCAACGCCUCCCGCAUCCUGAUCGACCUCGCACACCGCGGAGUCGUCUUGCAGACGAAUCGGAGGGUUCCGGAGGGCGGGAAGGGAGGGAAGGAGAGGAGGUGGGGGUGGAUGAAAGGAGGGGAGGGAGCGAGGAGGGUCGACUGGGAGGGUUUCUUGCAGAAGGAAAGGGCGAGGUUGAGUACGAGGGAGGCGGAGAGGGCAGUCGAAUUGGCGCAGAAGAGGCUAGGGUGA